UCCCUUACAUACAGAUUAGAGUCAGUGCUGAAGAAGGAGAGACGGGUGAGGGUGGACGGUCGAGAGCAGCUAGCAUGGGUGAGUCGGUUCGCUCGUCCCUGGGCAUCGGCCCGACGGAGGACACGUCUCUGGUCAUGCCGUCCGAUAAGAACCACUGCACUGGACAACAGCGCGUGCUGCAGCAGGUGAAAAGCAUCAAGAGAAGCAAGUCAAGAAAUGACUCCCUUUCGUCUCCAACAAGUCCGGCGUCAGCGACAGAAUAUAGUGAGCCUAAAUUCCAGUUUUCUCCAACAAAACGGAGCAUCUCUCUCUACAGAAGGAGCUCCACCAACACAAGCAGAUGGCACAGCAGAAUGAACGGCCAAUAUACCGUGAGAAGACAGACCGACGGCAUCAGCCAGUCCAUAUCCAAUGGCGUGAAGCCCCGUGAGCCCAUCAUGAAUGGGCCAGUCCUCGUAGGAAGCCAGAACAAGAACCUAUCACGUGCUGCAACUGUGAAAACUGCCAGCCAAUCACAGGGGGUGACGCUAGUCAGAAGCAAAUCAGAUUCAUCUGGUAUGAAUGGUGCCACAGGGGCAAUGGCUGCUAUGACUCUGCAGGAAGCAGUGAACUUCCUCACACACUCAGAAGUGUGCAGUCAGCUGUAUGGAGCAUCAUUCAUACAGCACCGCACAUUCGGUGAAGAUAAAGCCAGGCAAGAGGUUGGUCAGUUGGGAGGGAUUCAUUCACUCCUUCAGCUUCUGAAAACCGACAAUUUACAGAUACAACAGACAGUGGCCGCUGCACUGCGUAAUGUCAUCUUUAAGGACUCUGAAAACAAGACCCAGGUGAAGCUUUAUGGAGGAAUAAAAGUCAUUGUAGAUUUACUCCAAAGCAAUAACGUAACGGAAACCCAGAAACAGCUCACUGGUAAGACCAUUUUAAUUCACUCCAAAGAUAUUAUUGUAAGCAUAUCAAACAGUAAUGUUCUACAUCAUUGUCUUAAGGCAAGGAUAAGUCUUAAGGAUAAUCGUGCGCAUUUAUCGCCGACGUUUAAUGCCUCGUGAUUAAACAAAGUGCACACCGACGCACAAAACGGCAGGCGUAAAAGCGUAAUUUAAAAAAACACACCUUGGGCUCGUUAAAAACUGGCCGACCAAUGAGAUUGGCGCUUUUGUUCACGUGUCUGGAGCUGCUGAAGUUACAGUAAAACACGACUUGGUGGCGCACAAGCACGAAACGGUCUUGCCAAGCACACAUUGAUACCAACGACGAAGAGGAAGUAAGCAAGAUGAAAUCUUCUGUGUGACAGGCGAGUGGAAGAAGCAAAACGUUGUGCAGCGCCACCUAGUGUACCGGUGUAUUUCUGUUUUUCAUUAAGCGCUAUCUAUGUCAGGGAGUGAAUUUGCACGUUCACUCGGCUCAUCGCCAGUGAAAAUCGCUUGGGUAUGAACACCGAAAAACAUUGGCAAUAGGCGCACGAUAAUCGUCCCAGUGUGUACAAGCCUUUAUAAACUCCAAAAAAUGUUGUUCUUUAGCCUUUGGGUUAAUUUCACACUGCAAAACAUGAAUUUCUUACUAAGCAUUUUUGUCUUGUUUUCUAGUACAAAUAUAAAAAAAUUCUUAAAUCAAGAUAUUUGACAAGAAAAAAUUACCUAAGAUAUUCAAAUUAAUUAUUUGAUUUAUAAAGCAAUAUGUAUAAUAUAAAUGAACUUCAUUCUUAUAUUUUGUUUCAUAAAACAAGACUAAAUGUUCUAGGUCACUUUCCUUGUCGAGUA